AUGGCUCAAAGAGUGCUUCUUCGAACAGGCCGGGGCUUGUCGCUCGCGCCUCGCUCCCUGCAGAUCACCCGCUCCUUCAGCACCGUCCUCGAUACCCCUGUCGACCCUGGAACUCAACAAUUACGCUCACCAGCGCGGACAGGCUCCGUCUUUGAGAACGCGCUCAAUGCAAGUGCGCCCAGGACGAGCUGGACGAAGGAAGAGAUUACUGAAGUCUACAAUACUUCGCUGAUAGACCUUACACAUGCAGCGGCUUCGGUGCACCGGCGCUUCCAUGACCCCGCCGCCAUCCAGAUGUGCACGCUCUUCAACAUCAAGACUGGAGGCUGCAGCGAAGAUUGCUCUUACUGUGCGCAGUCAUCGCGUUACGACACAGGAUUGAAGGCUACAAAAUUGUCUUCGGUAGAUUCAGUCUUGGAAGCUGCGCGUGUCGCAAAAGAGAAUGGGAGCUCAAGAUUCUGCAUGGGAGCUGCCUGGAGAGACAUGCGAGGCCGCAAGACCAAUCUCAAGAACAUCAAGGAGAUGAUAAAGGGGGUGCGCGGUAUGGGUAUGGAGGCAUGUGUUACUUUGGGUAAGAACCAAGUUUACGAACUGCAUGUGAGACAUACACUGACUUUCUGUUUCUACACAACAGGUAUGGUAGAUGCCGUGCAAGCCAAAGAGCUCAAAGACGCUGGAUUGACAGCAUACAACCACAACGUCGACACCAGCCGAGAGCACUACCCCAGUGUCAUCACCACACGCACCUACGACGAGCGACUCGCCACCAUCAAGAACGUCCAAGAAGCCGGCAUACACGUGUGCACCGGCGGUAUCCUUGGUUUGGGCGAGAAGGCUCGUGACCACGUCGGUCUCAUCCACACCGUCGCAACACUACCAGCCCAUCCCGAGAGCUUCCCCGUCAAUGCCCUAGUCCCAAUCAAAGGCACACCCCUCGGAGAGACACAAGCCAUCUCCUUCGACGCCAUCCUCCGUACCAUCGCUACCGCACGACUCGUCAUGCCUACCACCAUAAUCAGACUCGCCGCUGGUCGCCACACGAUGCGCGAGGAGAAGCAGAUUAUGUGUUUCCAAGCGGGCGCUAAUGCUGUCUUCACGGGCGAGAAGAUGUUGACUACUGCUUGCAACGGUUGGGAAGAGGAUAAGGCUAUGUUUGGCAGGUGGGGACUGAGGCCUAUGAAGAUGGAGGAGACAAUUGGAGAGCAGCGCAAGCUUCCGGGACAGGAUGAGGCUGAAGCGGUUGUUGCGGCUGCGGAGGCAGAGGCUACGGUUCAGGCACUUGCUUGA